AUGCUGAAGCAAAGACGAAUUGGCACCCCGCAACCUUCGCCGUCUGAAGGUUCUUCUUCCAGCCCACCCCCAGGCCGAGGAACUCCAACCGGAGGCUGGGUAUGUGGUAAUUGUAAAAGGAAGCCUCAUCAAACCUGUGAGGAUCCGUGGAGCUGCGAUUGUCAAUGUACUGUGGGUGGACCCGAAGACGUUGUACAAAAAAGUACAGCGAUUAUUGGAGGAAUAGUUUUGGUGGUUUCUGGUUUGGCUUUAAGUCUUUUGACUGGUGGUAUCGGAUGGGGACUUGUGGGUGGUGCGAUGGUCGGCGCUGGUAUUAGUUCCACUUGCAACGCCGCGGGAAAAGCGAUCAAAGGCGAAAGAAUGAACGGUAAAGAAUAUUUUGACGAUGUUGUCUUUGGCGCUCUAUCGGGAAUGGCAACUGGUGGUAUAUCUGCCGCGGGUGAAAUGAUAGCAAUGAAUAUUGCUAAGCAAGGUGUAACAAGACUGUUUAUUCGAAUUCUUGUUGGUGCUCUGGUUGGUAUUGUAUCAAAAGCUAUAGACGAAUUAAAACAAUGUUUUACAGGUCGCAAGAACUGGUCGGAUUUCGGGAAAGGUCCGGGUCCUGAUGGUAAUGGAGGCGGCAUGGCAGCUUCAUGGGGGACCUGUGCAUUGGUUGGUGGAUUAGCUGGACUAGGCAGUCAUAUUAGCACGCAUCUAACAACGAAUGUCACAUCUGAACUUUCCAAGAGUGCUAUUCGUGUUAUUGUUAGUUCGAUAACUGCAGCAACUUGCGAUGCAGCAGUUCAAGGUAUUAACAUAGCUGUUGGCAAGCAAAAGAAAUAUGAUGUCAAACGUACCCUUUCAAGUGCUGCAGUAGGUGCAGGGAUGGCAGCAGCCCAAGAGAUAACAAAGAACGCCAUUUAUCGCGCAGCCGGUGGAAAACAGAGUUUCUUAGUCAAAAGAGCCAACAGAGAAGCAAUCAAGAAAAAAGUUCCUCUUAAACAUCAGCAAAAGGUGCACCAAGCAUUAAAAAACUUAAAGAAGAUACCUUUAAGAACAUUAGAUGAAAAAGCAUCAAGAGCGGCUACUUAUACGUAUUCAAAACAACAAGAAGCUGAAUAUGAUGCUCGACAUGCAACAAGAAUACAAGAUAUCGACAGUCGCCUUGAAUUAGAAACGCAAUUGAAAGAUCAAGCAACUCAAGAUAUCAAAAUGGCAACAACACAAGAACUUAAAAAGUCAUUAGUACAAGUAAUAAAAACGCACCAACAAAACGUCGACAAUUUAAAAACGCAAAGGACUGGGGAAACACAAAAUUAUGACAGAUAUAAACAACAACUCGCAGCAUUUAGACACGACAAUAUGAUGAAUAAUGAUAAUGCUCAUAAUCUUAUUGGAGAGAAAGUUGGACAAAUUGCUGUUGAUAUAGAUGACCUUCAAAAUGGUGAGAGAGGGUUAGUAAGGGCGAUAUUUGAUUAUGAUCGCAGUAACCCAGAACAUCCGGAAUUUAAAUUCGCUGCAUACACAUCCGAACAUGAUUACACGGCGUUGCCAGGCCACGGUGCAAGUGACUUUCACGAAUUUUAUCAAAGCGUCGCAGAACAUUUCGAUACACUCUUACAAACAGCUCAUGGACUUGUGAAUAUUCUGAUAACUAGUCACUCAUUACACGCUAAGAUCGGGGACAUGAUGGAUAAAGAAAAGACCGAUGAAGUCGACAGGCGGAGAUCUCCGCCUCCUUUCAACUUCUCGCCUCCACGUUACAAUAUACCUAGACCCCCAUCCACAUCCACACCCAUACCUACACCAACACGUAUACUCACACCCACACCCA